AUGUCGUUGGCAUUUCUAUCUAAGAAGAGUUGGCAUACAGCGAAUCUCCGCAAUGUAGAAAAGGUCUGGAUUGCUGAGCAAAAACACGCGGCGGAGGAGAAGAAGGUUGCAGAGCUACGUAAGAAUAUUGAAGAAGAGAGACAGUUGCAAGAAUUAAGACAGUUACAAGCAGAUCAGGGCAAUAAAUCGGCAGCAGUAGAGCGCGUUGAUUGGAUGUAUGAAGGACCGUCUGCUGGUCGAGAAAAAACAGCUGAGGAAUUUUUACUGGGCAAAGAGUACAAGGGAGAAGAUGGAAAGGUUGCUACUGGGGAUAUAGACCUUAGUACUACAACCAAGUAUGGUUCAUUGGCACUGACGAAGAGUACGUUGCCGGCCAACGAUGCCUUCCAGCGGUUGAACGAGGAUCCGAUGAUGCUCAUUCGUAAGAGACAACAGGCUACUCGUGAAGAGGUACUGAAAAAUCCAGUCAAGAUGAAACGAAUUAAGGAUCAAGUGGAUCGUUUGAAAGAAGAAAAGAAGAUGCGCAAAAAAGCCAAGAAGGAGGCCAAAAAAGAGAGGAAACAGGCGCGGCGAGAUGAAAAACAUCGACUCAAGAAAAGUAAAAAAUCUGACGACGAUAGUAACGUUAAUGUUAACGAGAAAGAGGUGACGGAACAUUGUCGCGAGGACUGCCAUGAUGGACAUCCUCGAGGGUAUGGUCGUGACCGCGAAAGUGGGAAAUUGCGCUUAAGGUCAAGAUCGAUUUCGCCGGUUUUUGCGUACGGCGAUGACAAUCUACACCGUAGUCAUGCGUGUCACCGUGAAGGAGAAUCGGAGCGCCGUGAGCGCAGUUCUGUUCACCAUCGAUCAGAUCGCUUGAAUUUAAGUCAGCACGCCGAUGAGCGUCGACGCGAAAGGAGCUCGUCUAGAGACCAGCGUAGUUCAAAGGUGGCUUCUCGAAGGCGUUGUCGUAGUCGCAGCCGUAGUCCUCGUCGACAUAAACAACGGGGCCGCAGCCGGAACCGCAGUUCUCAGUACGGCCGUGACGCCUUUGGCCGCGAUAGACCUUCACCGCGACCAGUGGACCGCUUUAAGGAUCGCCGCGACAGAACAUCACCCAGAGAAGAGCGUAAAAGGGAUACAGGCAGACGUAACGAAGGUCAUCGAGACAUAAGUCGACCUCGUAGUCCAGUGGAUCAUGCCGAGAGGCAUCGCUCUCGUAGUCCUGUGGAACGCAAAGAGACCCGUCGCUCUCACAGCCCGAGCGAUCGUCAAGACAGAUUCCGUUCUCGUAGCUCUGGUAAGCGGUACAAAAAGCAGCGUGAUAGCACCACUUCUAAACUCGACAGCGCACGUCGGGUGCGAAGCGUCCGACAGCGUAGUGGGUCGAGCGAACAAGAAGAAGAUUCGAGCGAACAAGAAGAAGAUAUUGUGAAGGUGCAAGGGCGCGAGCAACUUCACAAGAAGGUAGAAUCAAGACGCAAACCCGUGGAUAUUGAGGGAAAGUAUGGUCUUAUUAGCAAAGCAGGUGCCGUAGAAUCGAAAGAUGUUGAUAAGACGUCAUUGGGACCUAACAACAAGUACUUAGCAAAGGCUCGUGAGGCGAAACGGCUCGAAGAAAAAGAACGUCAUCGUAAGUUAGGCAAGUCGUUCCGAACAGAAUCUCGUGUGCUGACAGACGAGGAAAAGAGGAAAAUGGCCCAGCAGAUGGUGGAAGAUGCCAAGCAGCGUGAGGAAUACAUUGUGAAGCGUGCGGCCUUGAAGAAAGAUGAGCUGGACAAACGUGAGCACGAGGCUACGAGCGGCAACCCGGAGUUUUUAAGGAAACUGCAUUCGGAGGCAUAUUUGAAUGAUGAGAGUAACAUGAGCGACCGGCUGCGCAGAAAUGCUCACUACAUCCAGAGAAAAGCUGACGCCUCCAAUUUCCUGUCAAAGUAA